AAAAGAAAGAAAGAAAGACAGAAACAACCUGAACUGGACUCGCGUCAUGGCUUCGCUGUACCAGAGAUUCACCGGGAAGAUCAACACGGCCAAUUCCUUCCCGCACCCACCUGAGGCCAGCCGCCUCCUCGGCGGACAGGUCGCGGACGAGGAGCACGCGCCCAAGACCCCUCAGCAGCUGGCCGACGGCAGAGCGCAGGUCCAGUACCGCAAGAAAUGCCUGCGGGAGGACGAGGACGACCUGGUGGGCAGCGCUCCGCCUCAGAGGAACUGGAAGGGAAUCGCCAUCGCUCUGCUGGUCAUCCUCAUCAUCUGCUCCCUGAUCGUCACCUCCGUCAUCCUGCUGACCCCCCGUGAAGACGACAGUAACGCCCUGAAGAAGAAAGUAACCAUCGAGGAUGUCUUUGGACUGGACCUUCACAUCCACGACCCAGACGCGAAAUGGCUCAGCGACAACGAGCUGCUGUAUCGUAGCAGGGACGGAGACGUCAUCAGGCUCAACGCCGACACGAAGGAGCAGAGGGUCAUUGUUCCCAACCAGCUCUUCGAUCGAUCCAGAGCAGCCAGGUAUCAAGUGUCUCCGGACCUGGAACAUGUGCUUUUUGCGUUUGAAGUAAAACCGCUGUACCGACACUCGUACUCGGCCAAGUACAUCAUCUACAGCCUCACGUCGCAGGAAACUUGGCCUCUGAACCCCCCCGAGGUGCACGACGCCGUCCUGCAGUUUGCCGGAUGGGGACCCCAAGGCCAGCAGCUGAUCUUCAUAUUUGAAAACAACAUCUUCUACCGGUCGACCGUGGAGAACCGAGCGAUCCGCCUGGUCUCCACUGGGAAAGAGGGCGUCGUCUUCAACGGGCUUGCUGAUUGGCUGUACGAGGAGGAGAUCCUGCAGACCCACGUCGCUCACUGGUGGUCUCCGGACGGACUGCGUCUGGCCUACAUGACCAUCAACGACACGCUGGUGCCCAAAAUGGAGGUCCCGUUCUUCACGGGGACGCCUUACCCUGCCAGCCUGGACUACCACUACCCCAAGGCCGGGGAGGAAAACCCCGCGGUGCACCUCUCUGUGGUGAGCCUCCACGGCCCUGUGCACACGGUGGUGAUGAAGAAACCCGACGACCCUCGGAUCGGGAGGGAGCACUACAUCACCAUGGUGAAAUGGGCCACCAACACCAAACUGGCUGUGAACUGGCUCAACCGAGCGCAGAACAACUCCAUCCUGACGCUGUGCGAGGCCACCACUGGCGUCUGCAUCAAGAAACACGAGGAUGAGAGCGAGAGCUGGCUCCACCGGCAGAAUGAGCCGCCGCUCUUUUCCCACGAUGGACACAAGUUCUUCUUCACCAGAGCGAUACCUCAGGGCGGGAGGGGGAAGUUCUUCCACAUCUCCAUGUCCACCUCAAUGCCCAACAGCAGCACAGACAUCCUUCAGUCUCUGACGUCGGGCGACUGGGACGUCACCCGGAUUUUAGCCUACAACCACAACCGAAACCUCAUAUACUUUCUCAGCACGGAGGACGACCCCAAACGGCGCCACCUGUACAGCGCCGACACCAUCCCGCCGUUUAACCGCUGCUGUCUGUCCUGCGAGUUCAAGUGUGGCUACGUGGACGUGUCCUUCAGCAGCAACAUGCGUUUCUUCUCACUGCACUGCAAAGGUCCAGACAUACCAAGUGUGGCAGUGUACAGCACUGAGGAGAAACAGAAGGUGUUCGACGUGGAGACGAAUGACAGAGUAAUCGACAUGUACAACAAGAUGCAGAUGCCCCAAGUGACGUACGAGACCAUCAACAUCGACGACUACACUCUGACCAUGCAGAUCCUGAAGCCGGCUGGAUUCAGCCAGACAGCUCACUACCCUCUGCUGCUGCUGGUGGACGGUACUCCCGGAGGUCAGAUGGUGACGGAGCAGUUCCAGGUGGACUGGGCCACCGCCCUGGUCAGCAGCUUCAGCACCAUCGUGAUCCGCUUCGACGGCCACGGCAGCGGCUUCCAGGGCACCAACCUCCUGCACAAGGUCCGCCGGAGACUGGGCAAACUGGAGGAACGGGACCAGCUGCACGCGCUCAGGUUCAUCUCUAAAGAGCCGUACAUAGACAAGAGCAGGAUGGGCGUUUAUGGAAAGGCGUACGGAGGAUAUUUAGCCACGAUGCUGUUGAGCUCGGAGGAAUUCACUCAACUCAAAUGUGGAACCGCCGUCUCCCCGAUCACAGACUUCGAGCUUUACGCCUCUGCAUUUUCAGAGCGAUAUCUGGGGGCAAAGACGGAUUCCCGAAUUUACAUGAUGGCGAAUUUAGCUCACCGAGCGGGUCAGCUGCAGGACAAACAGUUCCUGAUAAUCCACCCUACGGCCGACGAAAAAGUUCACUUCCAGCACACGGCAAAAUUCAUCAACCACUUAAUCAGUGAGAAGACCAACUACACCCUGCAGAUCUACCCGGACGAGGGCCACUUCCUGCACAGCGAGGGCACGCAGAAGCACCUCAGCCAGUCUCUGGUCAACUUCUUCGAGGAGUGUUUCCGGGAGCCGGAGGCGCCGACGGAGGAGAAGCAGGACAACAGCGAGGACGACAGUUAGAGGAGCGGCAGGAGGAGCAGGAGGAGCGGCAGCGUCUCCUCCCCACAGCACAAUAUGCAACAGUUUGGGAACCCUCGCCUCCCCGUCCUCUGCAGCAUGUUGCACCCUCCGCUCGCCUCCUGCUGCCGGAGGAGGAACCGACCAGACGCCAGCAGUCGCCUCUCCCUCUCCGCUCCACCCGUCUCUCUCUUUUUUUUUUUU